AUGACAUCUGCUGGUACGUCUGCGACGGAUGCGCUCCAUCAAGCGUACGACCAGGCUGCCAACUUGUUCGGCCUCGGAUCCGACUCAAACGCCCCAGCAUCAACGGUCGAGGGUGGAGAGGAGCAGAAUGUAGCAGAUGCAAAGCCUCCUAAGGGACCAGGCAAUCAUCCGGGCAGCGAAUCGCACCCGGCACACGAUCAUCCUGCACCCGAGGCGAGGAGCAGUCUGCAAAGUCAAGCGGAAGAUGAAGAGGAGCAGGGCGAGAGAUCUCAGCAAGCUGCACCCCACGCUUCGGAGCCGCAUCGUAAGGGCACGGCGGACAGUCACGUCUCGAACGGCAAAGAUCCCAUCGAGCGAGCUUUGGGUCCUCACGGCCCAGUCGCAGCACGAGCUGGUCAGGGAACAGCCCUGGGCGAUGCUGAUCCAGGUCAGACGGCUCGUCACGCACACGCAGCUCAUCCGCAUCAAGCUCCAGAUGCGCAGCAACAUUCGGAAAAGGGGCCCAUCUGGGCUAGCAAGCCGGACGAUGCGCAGAGGGAAAAGAUUCGCAGAUUAAAGGAGCAAAAGGCUCAGUCUGAGAAGCAUCACCACUUCAGACUAGGCUUGGGUAGAACGACGCGCGAAAAGGCAGAGGAGCACAAGAUGAAGGAGGCGGACAAGGAUGCCGCUGCUCAGCAAGAUGAUCACGCCUCUAGUCCUUCCCAGCUCAGCAAGCUCAACCUGAAGUUUGGUGGCUCAUACAAAGCGAAGCAAAGGCCUGGAAGCAGUCCUUCGACGCCCUCCGGUGCAACUCAGAUGCAGGGUGGUCAGUCAGCUUCCAAGCGGCAAGGAUCUGCUUCGAGCGCAGGGGCAACGAGACCAAGUCUGCCGAAACAGACGAGCCAGUGGAGCGAGAAUCACCGGUCCAUGCGCAGCGCGAUGGGAGGUCCUUUGACUGCGGAACCUGAAGAACAAGACGCACCGGCUGAUGCGAGUGCGGGCCAAGCAAGUGGGGCGCAGAAAAGCACCUCGACCGAUUCGAACACGCCAGGUCAAGCGGCGGACAAGCUCAAGGCGUUUGCAGGACGAGCUUCUGCGCGCAAGAGCGGGUCCAGCACUCCCAGGAUUGGUCCUUCGCGACAAGCCACGCAGAGAGAUGGGUCAGCAGACGCUGAUGCAGAGGGGUCUGCACCCCAGUCGCCCUCUCACGCCAAGAUGGUUCGGCUCAGCAAAUUGAUGCUGGGAGGCGACAGUGGUGGCAGCGGCACUCCGGAUGCGGCGACUGAGAACGAAAACAGCACGGACCAGCCGCCGCAGACUCCUGGAGCUGGCGCUGCUCGAUGGGGUGCCCUAAGACAGCGUCUGCAACAGUCGCAAGCGCUGAAGAAACGGGGUCGUCCGGAUAAGGUAGCGGCUGCUGGCCCCAUGAAUGUGGUGACCGAGCUGCAGAGCGGCAUCUUGCCCGUCUUUUUGCUCAAGAUGUCCCUCGAGCGCGAUGAGCAAAAGAAUCGACGUAUUCCUGUUCUUCUCAAUCAUCUGAAGUUGCGGAUCACCGACUCGGUCAACCCGCUUCACAACACCCACGCGGUUUUCCGCAUUGAGCUCGAGUACGGCGACGGACUGGUGCGCUGGGUAUGCUACCGCGAACUUCGCGACUUUAUCAACCUGCACGCGCACUACAGAGCGGCAGCUCUGCGUGGCUAUCUCGGACGACCAGUUGGCCAAGCAGAAGGUGACCUGGGUCUUCCCAGUUUUCCCAAGACGAGUCUGCCGUACCUCAACCAGCUGCAGCGCCAGCCAAAGAGCAAGGAUGGCAUCAACCCGCGAGCAGACUUUGCAAAGGCACAGCGCGACGCGCUGGAAGACUAUGUUCUGGAACUAAUUCGGCGCACCAUGUUCCGUCCGGAAGCGAAUCGCUUAUGCAAAUUCUUUGAGCUAAGCGCACUAUCCAUUUCGCUCGCCAGCAGAGGCGGCUACCAAGGCAAGCAAGGCUACCUUCGAAUCAUGUCGAGAUCCUCUCGCAAGGAUGCGCAAAAGGGCCUUUUGACGCCAGCGAGCUUGGCAAAGUCGUACUCGCCCAAGUGGUUCAUUGUGCGCGAGUCGUACAUCGUCGCCGUGGACGAGCCGGCCUCUUUGCAAGUCCACGAUGUGUUUCUCAUCGACGGAGAUUUUGAGAUCGAGCGUCCGAAGCGCUUGUACAAGCAGACGAUCCACCUGGCGUCGGAACUGGGCCACCACAGCGAGGAUGAAAAGGCGGAAAAGGGGCAGUCCGAAAAGGCGCGUGCAAGUCACACGGCGCUUCUCACGGAUGGUCAGUAUGGACGUCCGAAUGGAGCAGAGGAAGAUGAUGACUACAGCACCAAGCCUGGCGGCUCGAAGAGCGUCAGCAGUCACACCUUUUACAUCAAGAACGCUCAGCAGAGAAUGAAGCUGGUGGCCAAAAGCGAACGCCUGAUGACGCAGUUCAUCGCUAGUCUCGAGAGAGUGGCUGCGCGAAACAUCUUUUCGGGUUCGAACCGCUUUGGCAGCUUUGCGCCGAUUCGGCUGAAUUGCAGCGCUCAAUGGCUUGUGGACGGGCGCGACUACUAUUGGAAUCUUUCCAAGGCGCUGCUCAUGGCCAAGGAUCGCAUCUUCAUCCACGACUGGUGGCUGUCACCGGAAAUGUACCUGCGACGGCCGGGAACGCCAAAGUAUCGCUUGGACAAUAUUCUGAAGAAAAAGGCAAGCGAGGGCGUCAAGAUCUUUGUCAUUCUCUACAACGAGGUCAGCAACAACUUCACGCCGACAGACAGCAAUUACACGAAGCAGCGCUUGAUUGGCUUGCACCCUAACAUCUUUGUGCAGAGAUCACCCAGCCACUUUCAGACGGGAACAUUCUAUUGGGCGCACCACGAGAAGCUUUGCGUCAUCGACGAGACGAUUGCUUUCAUGGGUGGGCUGGACCUCUGCUUUGGGAGGUGGGACACUGCAGAGCAUAUCCUCAGCGACGACGCUCAGUACGACGCGGCGGACGGCAACGUUGGACAUGUGCAUCUGGACGAAGACCCCAGUCUCUUGGGACCUGGACGAAACGGCGCAGAGGCGCAGAUCUGGCCAGGUCAGGACUAUGCUAACGAACGCGUCAUGGAGUGGCACGAUUUGACCAAGCCGGCCAACGACCUCAUCGACCGCACCCAAUUCCCGCGCAUGCCGUGGCACGACGUUGGUGUGCAGCUCGUCGGCCAGCCCGCGCGAGAUCUGUGCAGGCAUUUCGUCCAGCGCUGGAACUUUUUGCUGCGAAUCAAGAACCACAAGCGGGUCAUGCCUUUUCUCAUUCCUCCUCCAGACUUUGUCCCGUCCGACCUGUCCAAGUAUCAGCUGACGGGAACGUGCGAGGCGCAAAUCUGUCGGUCCGCAGGCCCUUGGAGCAUGGGAACGCCAACGACGGUGGAGCACUCGAUACAAAACGCCUACCUCAAAGCGAUUCAGAUGAGCGACCAUUUUGUCUACAUUGAGAAUCAAUUCUUUGUCACCUCUACCGUCGUGCGCGGCACUGAAAUCACGAACAAGAUCGGCGAAGCGCUCGUUUCGCGCAUCGUCCGGGCACAUCGAGAAGGCACUCCGUGGCGCGCAAUCAUCGUCAUUCCGCUCAUUCCAGGCUUUCCGAUGCCCAUCGAUCAUCCAGACGCUGGUUCUGUGCGUCUGAUCGUCGAGUGUCAGAACAGGUCUAUAUGCCGAGGCGAGCACUCCAUCUUCGGCAAGCUGAAGAGACAGGGCAUCAACCCGGACGAUUACAUUACCUUUUUCAGCCUGCGGCAGUGGGGCAAGCUGAGAGGCGGCAAGCUUUGCACAGAGAUUGGCUACAUUCACGCCAAGACGAUGAUCGUCGACGAUCGUCUUGCGCUGAUCGGGUCAGCCAACAUCAAUGAGCGUUCUCAGCGCGGUGAUAGGGAUAGCGAGCUCGCAGUGGUCAUUCGCGAUACGGACAUGAUCGACUCGACAAUGGGCGGUCAACCGUAUAAAGUUGGCAGGUUCGCACAUACUCUGCGCAUGCGCUUGAUGCGCGAGCACCUCGGCAUUGACGUCGACAAGAUUGAGCAGCAAGAAGCUUCUGAGGGCUUGAGCGCGAAUGACACGGGCAACCGCAUGCCUGCUCAGAUGGCCGACCACGACGAAGACGAAUGGGACCCUUCCAAUGAGCAACGACGAGACGGUAGGCCUGGCAUCGGUCAGACGCAAGUCAAGCCGAGGAACACGUUCAAGAACCUCGGACGCACGGCUGGGGAACUCGUGUCGGGUAUGAGCACCAACAUCAAGUCAGAGGUGCGAAGCGAUGGUGGGAAAGCUGGUUUAUCUGAUCGAAAGCCUGAGAAGGAUGAGGCGGCCGAUCAAGGAGCUGUAGAGCGCGUAGAGGAGCAGCUCGCUUCCGAGAGAGUGCGGGGUGCGCCAAACGGUCACGCUCGGAACAGCAGCACCAGCGCUCUCUCAACAUUUUCCCAGGACAAUUUGCGCCACAAGAGCUCCAAAACUGUGUCAAAUCCAUGGGCCGUGCCAUCCGACGCCCCGGUCAUCGACCCAUAUGGCUUUGAGGAUCCCAUCUCUGACGAGUUUUUCCAUGGCUCGUGGCUAGCGGCAGCUCAGCAUAACACCGACGUCUUCCGCAAGGUGUUCAAAGCUACUCCUGAUGAUCAAGUGACGACAUGGGCGGAAUACAAGGCUUACCAAGCAUGGUACGAUCGAUUGAUGCGAUCGUCGGGUGUCAAGCCAGCUCCACCGAGCGGCGCUGCGCCGACGGAUGAGGGCGCAACGCCGUCCGCUCAAAACGGCAAGAUGGAGGCCAGCCCACAUGGGGCUUCCAACACGCUGCCGCUGCCCAAGAGCAAGGAGAGUGGCAUGGAAGGCAACGCCGGGCCGUCUCUGCAACAAACGCCAGCCACGUACCCUCGUGGUGGUCCCAAGCUCCCAGACGAUGGCUUUUCGACCAAGGAGCUGGAACAGAUGGAGGCGCUGCUUCACGAGACGCGAGGCACGCUCGUCAUGCACUCUACGAGAUUCUUGGAGGCCGAAGAUUUGUCCGACAAUUUCUUGUUUGCUAUGGACCGUAUCAAUCCGCUCAAUGUGUACGACUAG